AUGGCACGGUUCGUUUUUUACGCUACCAUCGCGUUCUUGCUGCUCUCGUUCGUUUCCGCGUACCCGGUGAACCUAAACGACAUUUACAAUUACAUGUUUCUAAUUAUUGACGUGUACAAUUAUUAUGGAACAAGCUGCAUCACGAUCGUGCAUUCCGACAAAUACACCAAUACGAACGAAACAACUCUGAUGCAAAUAUGGUUUCGUUCGUUUUCCCACAGAGGUAUUCAAACCAUGGUCGUAAGCUUUUCCAAUCUGUCACGCGAAAUCAAGGAACACCGUGAUUCUAUCGUGCGCCCGCUGUACGUUGUCCUUCUUACGACAAACGAGACCAUGAACGAGUUCGUAAUAGCCAGCGGACGUAUCGACGUCUCUUUUCCCGUCUGGUUCGUCAUGUUCCUACCAUCAUACCAGGAUAAUCCUAUGAAGAGUUUCUGUCGAGAUCCGAUCGGGAAUCCGUUUAAUCUGGCGUUUAACACCGAGAUGCUGGUGCUAUGUUACGAUUUGCCAAUUUUAACAGAAUGGUACUCGUUGAGCAAGAAUCUUACCACAGUCUCGAAUCUGGCCGUGUGGAAAUCCGGCGGGAAAUCCGGCGGGAAAUCCGGCGGGAAAUUCAGCUUAACCACAAACAGUAGCUUGUACACUAGGAGAAGCAACAUGUACGGUCAAGUUAUGCGUAUAGCAUAUGUCAAGGCAUCUCCGUUCGUCGCGAUGAAAGACGGAGCCCUCACGCACUUUUUCGGGGGUGUAAUGCACGAGCUGAGCAAGUCGAUGAACUUUACGGUGAAAGUGAUGGGUACUUCGGCGGUGUACGGUAAUUGGAACGAAGAGAAGAAAAUGUGGACAGGCGUGAUAGGCGAAGUAGUGUCGCGGGUGGUCGAUUUCGGCAUCGCAGAGUUCAGCAUGAGCAAUCAUAGGCUGGACGUAGUCGACUUUACCUUACCAUUGAUUCUGUCGCGGAACAAAGUAUACUUUCAAAAGCCCGAUGCCUCUUCUGUCCAGUGGUCUGCCUAUUUCAAGACGUUCAAAAUGGACAUUUGGAUGGUGAUAAUAUUUACAAUUGUGUCCGCACCGAUUCUUCUAACGCUUAUGAAGACGAGAGGCCGGAUCGUAAUGAAAAUUAUUACGGACAAUUACAUAAAGGUUUGGGGGAUUUUUUGCCAGCAGGGAAUGUCAGAGUUUCCGGACGAGUCUUCCUUGAGAUUGGCUUUUCUCUCGAUUUUUCUGUCAGCGUUAAUUAUCCUGUCUGCUUAUUCCGCUUCGUUGAUCAGCUUUUUGACAGUGUCCACGGUAGGUCUGCCUUUUUCUACUCUCGAGGAAUUUUCGCGUCACGGCUCGUACAAGUUGAUCGCGUUCAAAAACAGCGCAGACUACGACAUGAUAGUUUCUGCCAACGACAGCGUAUCGUUGCGUUUAAAGAGACUGUUGAAGAAGAAACAAGAUCUACCUACGACGGUGUUUGAUGCCUUCCAGCAGGUUUGUACCGAAAAAGUGGGAUUUUACGUAACGGAGGCGAUACAAAACGCCAUGGAUCGAGUACCUUGCGAAGUUGUUUACAUCGAAGCUGGCAAGCUUGACAGUUUGGCACUAGUAUUGAAUAAAGGCAGCUCUUACACAGGAUUAGUAAAUUACCAGUUGCAACGAUUCAAAGACAACGGAGUACUGAACAAGCUAAAAAAAACGUUUCUUGUAACAACCACGUCUCGCGAGGGUGGAUAUCCUGUAGUUACCUUGGGCGGCGUUGCGCCUAUUCUAUCUGUUCUGGCUGGCGGAGUGAUUUUAGGCUGUUUUAUAUUGGCGUUCGAAAAGAUAUAUUACAAUUUUUCCGAGAAGAGAAAUAUUUUUUACGCUUAUCAAGAGUGGAGAACCAAGAGGGUUAAGUUAGAUCAAGGUUCGUGCGAGGCGAUGCAUUUCCUCGAAUAA